CUACGUUUUUUCUGGACUUUCGUGAUAAUUGUGUAUAAUUAUCGUGUAGAAAAUGCAUUGUAACUUUUGAGUAAUUAUGAUAAGCUAUUUAUAUCGUGUUCUUGGCAAUCUUUAUUGUCACAGUAAAUAUUUGAGUGAAUACGCAAAGAGUCUGAGAAAAAAAUGUUAAUCCUAAAGUUCUAUAUUUGAGUUACAAAGUCUGUGAUGUGAUUAACGCAUGACACAUUAAACGAUUCGAUAUGAUCAAAGCAAUGGAUUCCCGCAAUUAUAACGGAAGACGCAAACACAAUGUUACAUUUCUUAUCUUUGCUGCAAUUCUCUUAUUAGGACGUUUAAAAGAAUAAUUGAUAUAAAUAACGAUGGCCAGUCCUAAUUUCAAAGAAGUAAUUAAUAAAAGAAUUCCUAUUUUUAAAUGGCUACCGCAGUAUAAACUGAAGGAUGCAUUAGGCGAUCUUGUUGCGGGUCUCACCGUAGGAUUAACUUUGAUACCUCAAGCAAUAGCUUAUGCAGGUUUAGCGGGUUUGGAGCCGCAAUAUGGGCUUUAUAGUGCGUUCGCGGGAAGUUUCGUCUAUAUUUUUUUCGGCACAUGUCGAGAAGUCAAUAUCGGUCCUACAGCACUCAUAUCUUUACUGACUUGGACAUAUGCGAGUGGAAUUCCCGAGUAUGCGGCCUUGCUUUGCUUCCUGUCUGGAUGCAUCACGAUAUUACUUGGCAUUUUACGCUUAGGAUUCUUAGUCGAGUUCAUAUCGAUACCGGUGGUAUCCGGAUUUACAUCAGCUGCGAGCGUCAUCAUCGCUUGCAGUCAAAUAAAAAAUUUGCUAGGUUUGAAUAUUCACGGUGAAAGAUUCGUCGAAAUUUUAAUGGAGUUAAUACAUAACGUGGCUGACACGAAAAUACCGGAUUUGAUUUUAUCAUGCUGUUGUAUUCUAAUUUUACUGAUCUUGAAGGUAUACCGGUAUAGAACUUAUUUAAAGCGCAAGCACAGAUUACGAUCACAAGAUGUAUCGGUUUAUUUUUUUCAGUAUUUGAAAGAUAAAAAAGUCGCUAGUACCACGCUAAAAAAAAUCCUCUGGACGAUUGGUACAGCUAGGAAUGCUCUCGUGGUUGUCCUUUGCGCAGUUACGUCUUAUAUUUUUGAAAUGAACGGUGGAGCACCGUAUAUCCUUACGGGUCACAUCGAUGCCGGUCUCCCAAUUGUCAAACUACCUCCGUUUUCGAGAACGAUUGGCAACCAAACUGAAAGUUUUAUCGAUAUGACGAAGAAUUUAAAGUUUGGCAUCUUGAUUGUGCCACUCAUCUCUAUCAUUGGAAACGUCGCCAUUGCAAAAGCUUUUUCACAAGGCAUGCCUUUAGACGCCACGCAGGAAAUGCUGACUCUCGGACUAUGUAACGUGGUUGGUUCAUUCUUUCAGUCAAUGCCUGUUACAGGAUCUUUCUCGAGAAGCGCAGUGAAUAACGCUUCUGGUGUUAGAACACCUUUAGGUGGCUUCUACACGGGUAUUCUAGUCAUACUUGCGCUAAGUUUGUUGAUACCAUAUUUUUAUUAUAUCCCAAAGGCGACACUGAGCGCUGUUAUAAUUAGCGCGGUGAUAUUUAUGAUAGACAUUGAUAUGAUAAUUCCAAUCUGGAAGUGCAAUAAACGUGAUUUAAUACCGGCAUUUAUUACGUUUCUUGCCUGUUUAUUUGUCGGAGUUGAGAUGGGAAUUUUGAUAGGUACGAUAUUAGAUCUGGCGAUAUUAAUAUAUCUCAAUGCGCGGCCAACGAUAAAUAUUGAACAUAGAAACAUCUCAACAACAGACUACUUCUUAGUUCGUCCUACCGCUGGAAUUUUAUUCCCUGCAGUAGAUUAUUUGAGAAUGUAUCUAACGAAGAAUUCCGGUAUGAAUGUCGUAUUAGAUUGUGAACACAUCGACAAAAUAGACUUCACUGCCGCACAGGGUCUUAAUAUGACGAUAAAUGACUUCAGGAAAAACAACUGCCAAUUAAUAAUGCUACGACCAAAUCCUGAUAUUUUAUCGAGUAUACAAUCGCUGUCUGACAAGCAAAUCUUGACAGCAAGAAACGAAAUCGAUUUAAUUGCAAUUUUAGGAAAGCCUAAACGCGUGACACUGAAUGACAUGGUCAUUUCUGACACGAAUGCACGGGCCUCUACAUGGCUGUGAUAUAUAUAUUCAUAUAUAUUCAUGUAAUGUUAAAUAUAUAAAAUAUAAAUAUACAUACUCGUAUAUAAAACAAAUUACGUAAUUUAAUUUGUACAUACUAUGUCACAAUCAGUGUUAACUCAGUAAAUGAUAUACUUAUUGUAAUUUGCUAUACAUAAAUGUAUACAUUGACUAGUAAGUGUAUACAUUUAAUACUAAAGUUAACACUUUGAUUGUGACAAUUUUAUUCAAUCAAGCAUACAUAAUGAGACUUUUGUACGUUUAAGCUGAUAUAUUUGUCUUUCUUCGUUACAAAUGUUAAUAAUAAAGUUAAGAAGUGUAAUAAAUAA